AUGUCCCACCAGGGCAUCUUUUUGAUCGUGGUGUUGGCAGCUUCAUUGUCGGUGCUGGUAAAUCCUGCGGAAGGCCAAUUGCAUAAAAAUCUCAAGUACUACGAGACAUUACACGCCAAAGACCUUUCGCAUCGCAUCGAAAAGCGCGGAGCAAAGCACAGCAAUCACCCAUUCAACACCAUCAAGGAGGUGGAGUUCAAGGUGCUUGGUAGGAAGUUCCGUCUGAUUCUGCACCCCCAUGCGUCCGUGCUGCACAGCAACUUCCGUGCCUACACCGUCGAUGGGAACGGCAGUGAAUCGAUCGUACACCUCGAUCGCGGUAACUUCUUCAAGGGGCGCGUCUUUGGCGAAAUGGAAUCGCACGUGAAUGCGCACAUCGAUGACGGUGUUAUGACUGCGUCCGUCGUACUGCCGGAUGAAACGUAUCACAUUGAACCUUCCUGGCGGCACUUGCCUCAUCUGAGUGAUAAGCAUAUGAUAGCGUACCGUACGUCGGACAUAAAGUUCAGCUGGGACGACGUCGAAGCGAUUGGUGGCGAACUGGGGGUACCAAGAACCUGCGGUUACGUUAAGGAAGGAUUGGAGCUCGAGCAAGGUGAUGAUGAGGAGGGAGAUGCGAAGGAAAACGAAAAUGUAUACGGUGAGGAAAGUGAUCCGACGCCGGAAACCGUCUGGCACGUGGAUGACGCACAGGAGAGCAGACACAAUCGACGCAAAAGGCAGGCGGACCAGUAUGAAUACACGCCGACCAAAACGCGAUGCCCAUUGCUACUGGUGGCGGAUUAUCGAUUCUUUCAGGAAAUGGGAGGAAGCAAUACCAAGACCACCAUCAACUACUUGAUAAGCCUCAUCGAUCGUGUUCAUAAGAUCUACAACGAUACUAUCUGGCAAGACCGUUCCGAUCAGGAGGGAUUCAAGGGCAUGGGUUUCGUAAUUAAAAAGAUCGUGGUCCAUUCCGAACCGACAAGGGUGCGUGGCGGUGAAGCUCACUAUAACAUGGUUCGGGAAAAGUGGGACGUACGCAACCUACUUGAGGUUUUCUCUCGUGAGUACAGCCACAAAGAUUUCUGUUUGGCUCAUCUGUUUACGGAUCUGAAAUUUGAAGGAGGUAUUCUCGGGCUGGCUUACGUUGGUUCUCCGCGUCGUAACUCUGUCGGUGGCAUCUGCACUCCAGAAUACUUUAAAAAUGGCUACACACUGUAUUUGAACUCUGGUCUAAGUAGUUCCCGCAAUCACUACGGGCAACGGGUGAUUACACGCGAAGCCGAUCUUGUUACGGCACACGAGUUCGGACACAACUGGGGCUCGGAGCAUGAUCCGGAUAUUCCAGAGUGCUCUCCCAGCGCCUCCCAAGGAGGAAGCUUCCUGAUGUACACCUACUCUGUGAGCGGGUACGAUGUGAACAAUAAGAAAUUUUCACCCUGCUCGCUGCGCUCCAUCCGGAAGGUGCUGCAGGCCAAAUCGGGGCGCUGCUUUUCGGAACCGGAGGAAUCGUUCUGCGGCAAUCUGCGCGUGGAAGGUGAUGAGCAGUGUGAUGCCGGGCUGCUCGGAACGGAGGACAACGAUGCGUGCUGCGAUAAGAAUUGUAAACUGCGCCGCAAUCAGGGUGCGGUUUGUAGUGACAAAAAUUCACCCUGUUGCCAGAAUUGUCAGUACAUGAUGGCGGGUGUGAAGUGUCGGGAGGCGCAGUACGCGACAUGCGAACAGGAGGCGCGCUGCACCGGUAACCACGCCGAGUGCCCCAAGAGCCCUCCGAUGAGCGAUGGUACCAUGUGUCAGGAGCGCGGCCAGUGCCGAAAUGGCAAAUGUAUACCGUACUGCGAAACUCAGGGACUUCAGAGCUGCAUGUGCGAUAUUAUUGCGGAUGCAUGCAAACGGUGCUGCCGGCAGAGUAUCAACGAAACGUGCUUCCCGGUGGAACCGCCGGACGUACUGCCGGACGGUACACCGUGUAUACAGGGCUUCUGCAAUAAGGGGAUGUGUGAAAAGACGAUCCAGGAUGUAGUUGAACGCUUUUGGGACAUCAUUGAAGAGAUUAACAUCAACAAAGUGUUGCGAUUCCUGCGCGACAACAUCGUCAUGGCUGUAGUAAUGCUAACGGCGCUCUUCUGGAUACCGGUCAGUUGCGUCAUCUCAUACUUUGAUCGAAAGAAAAGGAAAGAGGACUGGAAGGAGUACGAAUGGAGUCAAAAGCUGGACCUCAUCCACCCGAGCGACCGGCGUCGGGUUAUACACAUUAGGGUACCACGGCAAAAGAUAACCGUUGCCAGAAUGUAAAUUAUCGUCCUGACCGAUCGAAUAUGUCUGGCACAGUCUACUACAAUAAUUUAAUUGAU